AUGCAAGCUUUUUUUUUUUAAGUUCUUUUUCCUUUUUUUUGCGGGUGGAUGAUGCAUGCAAGCGAGUACUACGGAGUGGUACUUUUUCUUGGCGCGCGCGUCAAUCGUACACACGAGAACGAAUCUUUCAAGUCCCCGUGCAUGCAGGGGCAAGUCGGUACGGAGCCAUUGCAGCCGUACAAGCUAAAGCAAUCCCAUGUCUAUUCUAGUUCACUGCACCACUAUCUUUAGUAGUGGCAUGCAGAUAUAUACGGGCCACGCGCCACCAAUAUCCGGUCCUAGCUCCCCCCUAAUGCGCGCCAUUGCCCGAACGAACACCCCGCCGACCGAUCAUGGCCAUGGUCAUGGAGAACCAGCAGCCGGUGGCGCAGAUGCAGCUGAUCCCGGCACCGCCGCGCCCGCCUCCUCCCCCGCCGCCGGCGCCCCAGGCCUACAAGCACCACUGCAAGGUGUGCAAGAAGGGGUUCAUGUGCGGACGGGCGCUCGGCGGGCACAUGAGGGCGCACGGGAUCGCGGACGACGCGCUAGCCGCCGAGGAUGCCUUCAAUGAUGAUGGCGGCGGUGUCGGCGAAUCGUCCGAGGCGGGGAGCCCGUCGCCGACGACGGCCAAACGCAUGUACGGGCUCCGCGCCAACCCUGGACGGCUACGGAACUGCCGGGUGUGCGAGAACUGCGGGAAGGAGUUCACGUCGUGGAAGUCGUUGCUGGAUCAUGGAAGGUGCAGCUUUGACGAGGACGAUGAUUUGGAUGGCUCCCUCCGUUCGUCGUCGCCACUGCAUAAUAACGCCGACGAAGGCUUGGAUGAGGACGACGAGGAGGAAGGGGACCUGGCGUUGGCCUCCGGGUGGUCCAAGGGGAAACGGUCACGCCGCGCCAAGGUGAUGAUCGCCGGGAGCAGUGCCAUAUCGGAAGUGCAACAGCCGGCCCCAUCAAGCGAGGAGGAGGACCUUGCCAAUUGCCUCGUCAUGCUCUCCUCGUCUCGUGUCACGCAACCAACAGUGCAUGUGGAUGCCGACCAGGAGUCGUCCGCAUCAGCGAGCAAGGAUGAAGAAAGGAAUAAACUCCUGGUGCCACAACCGCUCUCGAUCAUCCCUCCCAUGACAGCACAGUUCAAGUUUUCUGCGCCUCAGGUGGUAGUGGCGCAGCACGUUCCAACCGUCCCACGCGGCUUGUUUGAAUGCAAGGCGUGCAAGAAGGUGUUCACCUCACACCAGGCUCUCGGCGGGCACCGUGCCAGCCACAAGAAAGUUAAAGGGUGCUUCGCCGCCAAGCUUGAGAGCAGCCGCAACGAGAGUACCCACCAACAGGCUAUGGCAUCGGCUGCUCUACACGACAACACCAGGGCCAUCCCUGAGGCUGUAGGAGAUACCAGCACUGCAGAAGGGAAGUCGGGUAACCUCGAUGCCGGCAAGGCGACGAGUGUUGGCGCCGGCGAGUUCGUUGUGCCCGCAGCAACGACGGAAAUGUCCAUUAUGCCGAUCGCUGAUGCAGCGCCGGUAGCAGCCGCCUUUUCUCCGUUCAAGAAGAAGGGGAAGGUGCACGAAUGCUCCAUCUGCCACCGCGUGUUCACGUCGGGGCAAGCGCUCGGGGGCCACAAGCGGUGCCACUGGCUCACCUCCAGCGCAACGGACCACGCCAAGCUCCAGCCCGUCGUUCCCGAUCACCUCAUGGCGGCCAUGUGCCACCACCUCACCCUCGGCAGCCCGAUGUUCGACGCGGCGGACCAGCGAAUCCUUGAUCUCAACGUGCCAACAAAUCCGUCGGCUGAGGCGGUCGCCACCAGACAGGCCGCCGAGCUCAACGACAUCCCGCUCUGCCUCAACGCGCCGGCGUCCAUGUAUGUGCAGUCCUGGACGGGGCACAGCAACGCCAGCCACGUGAAUAAGACCGGGACGAGCAGCCGCAACGACGCGGCUGCCGGAGGCGGCGCGGCCACGGAGGACGAGGCCGAUAGCACCAGUGCGAAGAGGGCCAAGGUCAGCGACCUCAAGGACAUGAAGGUGGCCGGAGAGUCGCUGUCGUGGCUGCAGGUUGGCAUCGGCAUUUCCUCGUCGGAGAACAACGAGAAGAGUGCUCAGGAGGGAGCCUAACUACUCACACAGCCGAGGUCACACCAAUUAAUUAAUCUACUGAUCAAGUAAUUAGAUUUUGACCUUUGUUGGGUACGUAUAUAUAUAGAGUAAGCACUUACCAUAUGUUAAUUGUCAUAUGGAGUAUAUGCUCGGUGUAUAUGCUGCAUAUGCAUGUAAUAUUAUUGCAAAGUUAGAAACUGAAUGCCCUGUGUGCAUACGCCAUCCCAACUUCCGGGGAACUACUGUUGGCGACUGUAAUUAUGCAAGUGGCUUAUUUCCAACAUGU